AUGGCUCAAACUAAUGCUUCAGAUACAACUAAUGGUAGCUCUACAAAGAACGGGAACACUAGCACGACUGCUGCCGGUACUACAAAGAAUGGAAACUCCAGUGGUUCGCCGGCUACAUCAUCAGCAACAAAAACAACUACAACAACAACAACAACAUCGAACACAAAUAACAAGACGAUUAAGAGUUCCAGUACCAAUGGGAAGAAUGCCAAACAGGGAAGUAAUACUAGUGGAGCCUCUCAACAAGGACAACCACAGGGACAGGGACAAACAAAUAGACCCAAUGGUCAGUUCUCUGCUCAGGACUUGAAUAGAAUUGUCCUUGAAUAUCUAAAUAAAAAAGGUUAUCAUAGAACAGAGGCAAUGUUAAGGGCAGAAAGUGGGAGAACAUUAACUCCACCAAAUAAAAGUUCGCCAGGUACUACAAAAAAUGGUACCAUUCCUGAACCAUCAACAAAACCUCCAGUGGCAGGGAGAGUAAUUGACCCUGUGAGUAAUCCAGCGGAAGCUUCCUCUAAUCUUCCAAGUACGGCAACAACGCCGGCUAAUAAAGUAAAAAACGAACCAGGUGUCCCAGCAAAGAGAGACAAUAAAGGUGAUAUAAUAUCUCGUGAAGAAUUAGAAAAUGAAACAUCUCCUGAAAGUUAUAUUAGAGCUUAUUCAUUAUUAAAGAAUUGGGUUGAUGCCUCAAUUGAAAUAUAUAAACCAGAAUUGAACAAUAUCAUGUACCCAAUUUUCAUUUAUUUGUUUUUAAACCUAGUAAAGAAAAAUAGAAUCGUGGCACGUAGGUUUUUUGAUAAAUUCUCAGCAGAUUUUAAAGUGUUACACAGUACAGAAAUCAAUAGAUUAUUUAGUGUUAACUCAAUCGAUCAUAUUAAGGAAAAUGAAGUAGCAAAUACAUUUGUCUCAAAUAAAUAUAGAAUUACUUUAUCCAGAACAACUUUAAACUUAUUAUUAUAUUUCCUAAAUGAAAAUGAAUCUGUUGGUGGGUCAUUAAUAAUAGGUAUCAUUAAUGAACACAUUCAACCAAAUAUUGUCACUACAGUUACAUCAAAGGAUAGAUUAUCUGAUGGUAUCAAGAAUUUGGCCAAUGAUAGUAGGGCAAAUGCAAAUGUAACAUUAGAGAUUAAUUCUGCACCAGUCACAUUAGGACCAUAUCCACAGGAUAAAGAAUUCACAAAAGAAAUCGAAACUGAAUUAAAGAUUAAAGAUGAUCAAGCGAGACAACAGAUUAAUAGAAUGAAUGCUAAUGCAACUACAGAUAAAGAAACAUCAUCCACUACUAAAGAAACAGAGGAAAAAGAUAAGACCCCAGGAGCCACCAGUAGUGGAGAGACUACGAAGGACUCUACACAAGAAGGUGAAAAUAGUUCAAAAGAUGAUAAUAUAGAGCCACCAAAGAAGACAUUAUUAGAUGAGUAUCAAGAUAUGAAGGAUAUGCCAUUCAAGAGUGGCGAUUUAGAUAGUACAAAAAUAGAAAAUGGUGAUGAUAAGGUAUCUGAUGAUUCGAAAACUAAAGAUGAUAAAGGGACUUCAGGUGAAAACAAAGAUAUAUCGAUAAAAUCAGACACUGAUUCAAUAUCAAAGGUGAAGAUGAUUGCUCAGAAACCUGCAAAAGACGAUGUCUCUAUGAAAUCACCGUCUAUAGAUAGUUUACCAUUGCCACCAAAAACGUCCUUAGAUUUAAAACUUGAGAUUCUAAAGAUUAAAGAAUCGCGUGAAGCUAUUGAAUUGGGUAACUUACAAAUUGCGCAACCAAGUGUAUGUAUGUAUACUUUCCACAACACAAAUAGAGAUAUGACAUCCUUGGAUUUCAGUGAUGAUUGUCGUUUAGCAGCAACUGGGUUCCAAGACAGUAUAAUUAAACUAUGGUCAUUAGAUGGGUCAUCUUUAGUCACAAAUAAGAUACCAAGUCAUAAGCGGGAAGAAAUGAUGAGAACAGACCCCACAACAAGUACAUUGGUCGGUCACAGUGGAGCUGUCUACGCUACCGAUUUCUCACCUGAUAACAGAUUUUUGUUAUCAGGAUCUGAGGACAAGACUGUUAGAUUAUGGUCGUUAGAUACACAUACAGCCUUAGUGAGUUAUAAAGGUCACAACCAUCCUGUCUGGGAUGUUAAAUUCUCACCAUUAGGCCAUUAUUUUGCUACAGCGUCACACGAUCAAACUGCUAGAUUAUGGUCCUGCGAUCAUAUCUACCCAUUACGUAUAUUUGCUGGGCAUUUAAAUGAUGUUGAUACGUUAUCAUUCCACCCUAACGGUUGCUAUGUGUUUACAGGUUCCAGUGAUAAGACAUGUCGUAUGUGGGAUAUCAACACUGGUGACUCUGUACGUUUAUUUUUGGGCCAUACAGCUCCAGUGGUCACCACUGCAGUUACUCCAGAUGGUAGAUGGUUAUGCACUGGUGGAGAAGAUGGUGUAAUCAAUGUUUGGGAUAUCGGUACAGGCAAAAGAUUGAAGCAAAUGCGUGGACAUGGUAAGAAUGCCGUUCACUCUUUCUCAUUCAACAAAGAAGGUAAUGUUUUAGUAAGUUCUGGUGCCGAUCACUCCGUAAGAGUAUGGGACUUGAAGAAAGCUACUGCUGAACCAAGCGCCGAACCGGAACAACCAUUCGUGGCAUACGCAGGAGAUGUAACUGCGUCAGUAAACCAAGACAUCAAGGAGUUUGGACGUAGACGUGCUAUUAUACCUACUAGUGAUCUAAUGUCUACAUUCUACACCAAGAAAACACCGGUCUUCAAAGUGAAAUUCACUAGGAAUAACUUGGCUUUAGCGGGUGGUGCAUUCCGUGGAUAA